AUGGUCUGUCCUGCCGAUCUACUACGGCAAGAGAUCGACUGUCUGCGCCGUACAUACACCCCGUUUGCUGAGUUUGCCGCAAUUCGCGCUCCUGCUGCUGCUGCUGCUGCAACGCCUGGGGAUCCGCUGCGCAGCUCUUUGCUUACUGGGCAACAGCAGCAGGAGCGGCAGCAGCAAACGCAGCAGCUGCAGCUGGGACAACAGAAGCAGCAGCAGCAGCAGAAGCAGCAGCAGCAGCAGCUAUUUCUGUGCGCACUAGGCCACCCCUUGGGCUCUUUGCUGCUCUUCGUCAGUUUGCAAAUCGACGGGCUUAGACUGCUGCACCUCGACUGCCUGCCUGGCCAGUCGCCCCAAAUUGCCAUCAAGGCGGAGCAGCAGCAGCAGCUGCUGCUGCUGCAGCAACCGCAGGGGCUGGGCAAGGACGAAGGGGAAGAGGCGCAAAAAGAGCAGCAGCAGCAGCAGCAGCAGCAGCGCCUGCAGCAGCUGGAGGCUUGGGGUCUGCCUGGGGACCGCCGCGGGCAAAUAGCUUUUGUGGGCGUUCGCCCUUCGCAGCAGGAGGGCCAAAUAUGGAUAGGCGUGGCUCUGGACGAGCCCCUAGGGCACACGGACGGCCGCGACUUCCGCGUCGUGGGGGCGCCAGCAGCAGCAGCAGGGGCAGCAGCAGCAGCAGCAGCAGCAGCAGCACGAGGGCGGCUAGUGUUUAGCAGCAAACGGCUGUUUGAGUGCGACGGAGAUAAGUAUGGAGACUUUGCGCUCCCCAGCGAAGUCACUGUGGGGGAUUUUCCCCCAAUAGAUCCUUUUGAUUUAAUAGAUGAAGGGCUGCGGCUGCCGGGGGUUACUUCAGCUGCAGCAGACGCUACGGCACUAGCAGCAGCAGCAGCAGCAGCAGCAUAA